ACCAUCCCCACCCAUUCACAACUCCCACACCUCAAAGCACAGAGCACAAAGAAAAAGGAAAGUUCUUUGGAACAAUGGCUGCUGCUUCCUCCAUGGCACUCUCAUCCCCCUCCUUGGCUGGCAAGGCCGUCAAGCUUGCCCCAUCAGCCCCCGAAGUCGGGAGGGUCAGCAUGAGGAAGACCGUCACCAAGCAGGUUUCCUCCGGAAGCCCAUGGUACGGCCCAGACCGUGUCAAGUACUUGGGCCCAUUCUCCGGCGAGCCCCCGUCCUACCUCACCGGCGAGUUCCCAGGUGACUACGGUUGGGACACUGCUGGGCUUUCCGCUGACCCAGAGACCUUCGCCAGGAACCGUGAGUUGGAAGUCAUCCACUCCAGGUGGGCCAUGCUCGGAGCCUUGGGCUGCGUCUUCCCCGAACUCUUGUCCCGCAACGGCGUGAAAUUCGGCGAGGCCGUGUGGUUCAAAGCUGGUUCCCAGAUCUUCAGCGAGGGUGGGCUCGACUACUUGGGCAACCCAAGCCUCAUCCACGCUCAGAGCAUCCUCGCCAUCUGGGCCACCCAAGUCAUCCUCAUGGGCGCCGUUGAGGGUUACCGUAUUGCCGGUGGACCUCUCGGUGAGGUCACUGACCCCAUUUACCCCGGUGGCAGCUUAGACCCAUUGGGUCUAGCUGACGACCCAGAGGCUUUCGCUGAGCUCAAGGUUAAGGAACUCAAGAACGGUAGGUUGGCCAUGUUCUCCAUGUUCGGGUUCUUCGUCCAGGCCAUUGUCACCGGAAAGGGACCAUUGGAGAACCUCGCUGACCACCUUGCUGACCCAGUCAACAACAACGCCUGGGCCUACGCCACCAACUUCGUCCCCGGAAAGUGAGCGUCAACAGAAUGACUUGUGCCCUCGAGAGUUUUAGAUUUCUGUUUGUUGAAGUAUAUGUUAUUGCAAUGUACUUCAGAUAAUGUGAAUCAUCUUGUGUAUCCGAUCCAACUUAAUGUUACUUGCUUUUUACAAA